UCUAAAGCAAGCCUGGAGGGAGUCCUCUCACCAACCGUACCGAGUUGCCAGACGAGUUUGUGCUGAGCCACCGCUAGGCUGCUCAAGCUCCCGCGCGGCUCCAUCGACAAGCAGUGAAUCAAACCGAAUUUUAUACUUUGGAUUCUGCUUUGAAAACAAUAUUUUUUGAAGCGUGUUUAAGUGCAAUGUGUCGACGAAUCGGCUGUUUGUUGAUAGACGAGGAAUAGUGGAAAGUUUAAAAAAUCGUAUUUAAACUAAAAUAAAUCGAGUGUGUGAAGAAUUUUCUGGAUACUGAGUCGGCGAACUAAGUCAGCGAGGAUAGACAGUCGGAAAUUCGAAGGAGCGUGAGUUUGCGAAUAAUCGCAUGAGCUAAAUUAAUCAUUGGAUUGCCAGCGUGGUGUUUGGAGCAGUGCAAAACGCGAUUUCGCUACAGAUCGAAAGAUCAUUUUAAAAUAUUGGAAUCCUCGAUUGUUUGUUCGGUAACGAAAAGGCAUAUAAAGAGGUAGAAAUAACGCGAGCGAAUAUUGUGCCAAGUUGUUGCACCUGCCGCAUUGGUAUCGCGGGGCGCCACUCACAUGUUGCAUGUGUGCCUGUUAUCCAUCAUGGUCGCGGACUCGGGCUCGUUCUGAUUGGUUCGCCAGCUCUAUCACGUGGUAUGGUAAUUGGUCGCCAGUGGGCGGGGACCCGGGCUGCCUGGUGCGACUGACUGUAGUAGUAGCCUCGUCUCUCUCGUGCCGUAACCCGUGCGGGUCCCGGACUGUCGGGCUUGCCAGCCGCCCGUAUACCGAGAACCGCCGCGUUCGCGGCUUUUUUCAGCUGCUUUAGGGAGUCAGUGAGUGAGGAAAAAAGAAACAGAAUAGUAGGCCGUGCGAGAGUGUACAUUACGAGGCUUCUCAUUGGUAAACAAAGAAGGAAAUAAAGAGAAGUAAUCAAUAAAUUCGUUGAAACGAGGAUCGAAUGGUUCAUAAUAUUCAUAAAGAUGCACUUUGGUGUCGUGAUGUGCGCGGGUGUGUCAUAAAAGUGUUAAAAAUUCGACGAUCGUCUAAUUAACAAAAUCUGGAAACGUUAUUAAAGUGGAAAGCUCUGUUGGCACGAUAACCGCAGCGACAUUGGAUCAGGAGUUAAAUUUAGCGUCGAUUAAAGUUUUAGGAAUGAGUUCUUUCUUGAUGAAUCCGUCCGCGGGCGGCGGUUAUCAUCAACAGCAUCAGCAGCCCGGAACUCAUCAUCAUCUCAGCGCAACGUCGGUUGUCGUCGAUCCGAAAUUUCCACCGAGCGAAGAAUACAGUCAGAGUAAUUAUAUUCCAUCAACCGGUGCGGAUUUCUUCGGUGGUCAUCUCAAUCACCCGCAGUCUCAUCAAUUGCAGUACGGAUAUCAUCAGCAUCAUCAUCAGGCUGCUUCGACUCCUUACGGUGCAGCAUCCGCGGUCCCGUUGAACGGUGGUUACGCCGGCUACGGAGGAUAUUACGGACCUCAUCAUCCUCAUCAUCAGGUCCACGCCGUCCAUCACGCCAGUCUCCAUCCUCAUCAUCAUGCAGCACUUGCGAUGCCUCCGGAAGCUCAGCAGCCGCCUCUUACGUGUCCACCGUCCAUGCAAAAUCAACAACCACCGUCUCAACAACAACCUUCAGUUCCUUCCUCAACGGUCCUCGGAUCCACGACUCUCUCGCCCUCGAUAAUGGCCAGUCACGUUCAACAACAGGACCCUCAUCAGCAACAGCAGCAACAACUCCAGCAGCAACAUCCGCCUUCUCAGACACAGCAGCAACAACAGCAGCAACAGCAACAGACUCAGCAGCACGAAGGCAAUGUUUGCAGUCCGUCGGGCUCGGGCUCUCUUCACAGGGAUAAUUCGCCGGAUCUCCAGCAGCAAUCACAACCGAGCCAACAACAUCCGCAACAUCUGCAAACCUCUCAACAUCAUCACAUGGACGAAACUUCGGAUCAAGACGACUUGGACGACGAUCCAAUGAUGGACGGCUCACCAGGAAUGAUGGACGACGACGAAGACGACGAAGAAAACGGUGAUCGCGUCAUCUAUCCCUGGAUGAAGAAGAUCCAUGUCGCCGGUGUCGCAAAUGGCUCAUACCAGCCGGGCAUGGAGCCGAAACGUCAGAGAACCGCCUACACGAGGCAUCAGAUACUCGAGCUCGAGAAAGAGUUCCAUUACAAUCGAUAUCUGACGAGACGACGAAGAAUCGAAAUAGCACAUUCGCUGGUACUAUCCGAGCGUCAAAUUAAAAUAUGGUUCCAAAACCGUCGUAUGAAAUGGAAGAAGGACAAUAAGCUGCCAAACACGAAGAACGUGAGGAGGAAAAAUGCGAAUGGCCAGGCCCAACCAGCGAAACCAGCGAAAGGCUCAGGGGGCAGGAGCAAAGCUGCGAAUCGUACGAAUUCUAGUAACAACAAUAGUCAUCGAAAGAACAACAACAAUUCGCCAUCCAGUGGAAUGGAGAGCAGUUUAGAUGGCAGCGUCGGUCUCGAUUUACCGGAAAUUCAUGGCGCACCUUCCAGCGGCUCCGGCGGUCAUCCUCAACACCCGCACCCGGGACACCCAACUUUCCAGGGUCAUCCGCAUCCUCUCGCUCAUCUCCAGGCACAACUGAGUCACUGUCACGUUGCUGGAAUGAUGGAUUCGGCGGGCCAACCAAUGGGGGGACACAUGAAUUCUGGCAGCAUAAGUCCACUAGCGCCAGCAACGAGUCCUCCCGGUCUCAAUUGUUCUCCCGUCGUUGUUUCACCGCCCACGAUCAAAUCCGACUACGGUCUCACGGCUCUGUAACACCAAGCGACCAAGCUCACGUCGAUCCAGCCCCGUUUGUGCGAUUUAACAAACUUCAUCGGCUCCGAAGAGUCUUCGCCGGAUUACCAGUGGCUCUGAGCGAUUCUUCCGGACUACGAGCUGUAAAUACAGUUUUAAACACUCCUUAUUUGCCAAUGAAAAUACGCCUGAACACACGCGCGUCAAACUUCCCGCAAAGUGGUGUACGAAACCUAGUGAAUUACAGCUCGUAUUCCUCGAAAACAUCCCCAAACAUUUCUCAAAAGAACCGCGCGAGCGAUCACUGGAUUCCUCAAUUCAGACGUGCCAUUAUAAAAACAAACAAAUUUUCCACACUAAUCAAAGGCCAGUUAAGGAUAUACAAAAAGUAAAAUGAAUCAUUUCAGGUGAAAAGUCCAUGUCUAUGAAUUUAUUGUCGAACAUCGUUGUGCAUUUAUAGUGAUGUGCAUUUAUAGUGACUAUCAUUGAAUCUUGUAAAUAUUAAAGAAGAAUCUCAUCCUCUUUUUUCCCUCAGAGUAGUUUUAAGUGUAAAUAGUGUCAGUAAAGAAGAGUAUUAUCGUGACGAGAUAUCGAUACACAGUGUUUUACGUUUCAUUGCAUUAUUGUAUAACGAUAAGUGUGUGAUUUACGAUUAACUCCAUAUUUCGUCCUCGGUAUAUAAAAACGUUUUUUCCAUCGUAAAUAAUAUAUGACAAGAGAGAACGAAGGAAUUAUCUGCAUACUUUUGUUUCGUUACAGCAUCGUAACAACACUCGAAGCCUUCGACCACAAUAUUACAGUCCAUUGAACGAAAAUUUGUAAAUAAUGACAGUCAUUUGAAUUGUCUUAAAAAUGCAUAUAUAUAAAUAAAUAUAUAUAUAAAUAUCUAUAUAUAUAAAACACACAUAGACAUUUAUUUUUACCGCGAAAAUGUAAUCGAUGACCAAUACUAGAAUAAAAGUCCGUUGAAUUGAGUCCGAUGACUCGGGUGGAUCUAGCUCGAGCGAGAGAAAAAGUAUAGAAAUAAAAUCAAACGAUAUUUAUGGAGCGAAGAGUCGCUGUGACGAAUAUACCAAAACAACCUACCAUAAUAUGAAAAUGUAGCCUGUAAGUGGAAUCAUUAUUAAACAUUAUGAAAAAAAAAAAAAAACGAAAAAUAAACGAAAAUGUAUGCAGAGUUUCAUUGCCUCGUGGCCAUGCUCAUAACGAUGUCGAAUUUUAGAAUGUCUCAUAAAAGAAGAAAAACAAAAAGAAAUGUGACGUACGAAAAUAUUAAAUUUUUCGUUUGAACACGCAGAAUAAUGUAUGAAAUCUCGUCCGUCGCGAAUAUUAUAUGAAACAUGAAGACACGAUCCUCUUGUAAUACCCGGUAAACCAAGUUGUAAAUACUCUUGUUACGUAUAAGAAUUGUAAUUGAACACGCAAUAGUGCUUAUGUUUAUAUUGAAUAUGAUCGACAGAGAUGAAAUACCAUCGUAAUACGUGAAUAAAUAAUUAAAUAAAGUUUUCGUAACUCAUCA